AUGACCAGCGACAAGAUCACGACAAACGAAAAGCAGGGCGGCGACGUCGAGAUCCUCGGCGUCAAGGAGAUGGACGCGGUCGAGGUCGACGCCGUGUUCGGGUUCCAGGGCGAGGGGCAUAUCCACUACACGUCGAUGGGGUGGGUCCAAGCCGCCAUCAUCCUCCUCAAGACGCAGGUCGGCCUCGGCGUGCUCGCCAUGCCGUCGAUGCUGCAGAUGGUCGGCGCGGUGCCGGGGACGAUCAUCAUCGUCGGCCUCGGGAUCCUCACCACAUGGUGCGACUACGUCGUGGGCACGUUCAAGCGCAACCACCCCGAGGUGUACUCUGUCGCCGAUGCGGGCUACAUCAUGUUCGGCAACUUUGGCCGCGAGCUGUUCAGCGUCGCAUACUGGUGCUUCACUGUCGGUGUGGCGGGCGCAGCGAUGGUCGCGAUUUCGAUCGGGUUUAAUGCGAUUACCGACCACGCUACGUGUACCGUUGUCUGGGUCGUCAUGGCCGCCGCCAUCUCUUGUGCCGCUGCAUCGAUCCAGACGCUCAACAAGAUCAGUCUUAUUGGAUGGGCCGGGGUCGUAGGAAUCUUUACAGCUGUGAUCAUGGUCACGAUCGCGGUCGGCGUGCAGGAGCGUCCCGCCGCCGCCCCGAAGACCGGGCCUUGGGAGAAGGACACCCACGCGUUCAUCAACGCGCCGAUCUGGGACGUCGUCAGCGUGCUCUCUACCGUCCUUUUCUCGUACUCUGGCACCCCGGCCUUCUUCGGCGUCAUCUCGGAGAUGAAGAAGCCGCAGGACUACAACAAGUCUCUCGCCGUGUGCCAGUUCCUCACGACCGGCCUUUUCACCUCCAUCGGCCUGGUGGUGUACUUCAAGGCGGGGCAGUACCUCUCCACUCCGGCGCUCGGCUCAGCCGGCGUCCUGAUCAAGAAGGUGUCCUACGGCAUCGCCCUGCUGGGCCUGUUCGCGAGCGCGAUCCUCUUCGUGCACUGCGCCGCCAAGCUCAUCUUCGUGCGCGUCAUGCGCAACUCGCCGCACCUGACCGCCUUGACGCCGACGCACUACAUCGUGUGGUUCGGCACGACGGUCACGUGUGCGACACUCGCGUUCAUCCUUGCCGAGUCGAUCCCGUUCUUCGGCUCGCUCCUCGGCCUGAUCGGCGCGCUGUUCUCCACCCUCAUGACGCUGCAGGCCACGGGGUGGAUGUGGCUCUUCGACAACUGGCACCGCCGCACUCAGGCCAACCCCGGCUGGGGCUUCUGGCCCAUGGUCGCGCUCAACGUGUUUGUGAUCGUGCUGGGCUUCUUCAUCCAGAUCACGGGCGUGAUUGCUGCUGGCAUGGACAUCAGGAACCAGUACCGCAAGGGUGCGGUCGACCGCCCCUUCUCGUGCAAGGACAACUCGAAGUAA